CGCCCCUUUGGUGGGGCGGGUGUGGACGCCUGCGGCCGCUGCACACCCGGCGCCUGGCGUGCGGGGAUGGGGGUCACGGUGGACGUACGCCAGGUGUACAAGUACCCCUUCGAGCAAGUGGUCGCCAGCUUCCUCCGCAAGUCUUUAUGUAUUUUUUUGAAAGGAACGCAUGUGGCAGAAGGGGUAAUCAUAUGAGGAUCUCUCUGGAAGCAUUUAAUCUGAUUUUGCACAGCGGUAUGUUUGAAGCCGUUUCAGCACUGAGGAUGUUCUGUUUUAAAUAGAGUCUACUGAUCUUCGUCUUUUGGCAAAGGAGUCAUUGUGAAUAGGGUGUAAGCUUCCUGGGCAGAGAGCUUUCAUUUGUUCCUGAUGCAUCCCAAGCACCCAGAGAGAUCCUGGAACACAAAGAAGAUUAGGUCCGACAUGAAGCAGAAUGGUGCAAACGGGAAGAGCACGGGCUCUGACAUCAGACGGGGGGACGGAGCACUUCUAGCUGUUAUCCCAACCCCAUGGAUAAAAAUGUCAUCUCUGUAAAGAUUGUGGAGGAAAAAAGAGAUGUGUCAACAGGGAUCAUCUAUAGAAAGAGGAUUGCAGUCUGUCAGAAUGUGGUUCCAGAAAUUUUAAGGAAGGUGAGCAUUUUAAAGGUACCUAAUAUCCAGUUGGAAGAGGAAUCGUGGCUCAAUCCUCAGGAAAGAAACAUGGCUAUCCGGAGUCACUGCCUUACGUGGACACAGUAUGCAUCCAUGAAGGAAGAGUCCGUCUUCCGGGAAAGUAUGGAAAAUCCAAACUGGACAGAGUUCAUUCAGAGAGGCAGGAUUUCAAUCACAGGGGCUGGCUUUCUCAACUGCAUUUUGGAAACUUUUGCCAGCACAUUCUUAAGACAGGGUGCCCAGAAGGGAAUUAGAAUAAUGGAGAUGCUGCUGAAGGAACAGUGUGGUGCCCCCUUAGCCGAAUAAAGAAUCAUGAGGGAGCUGUGUUAUGCUACUUUUUCUCGAGAAUCCCUUCUUGGCUGUAACACAUCACUGAUGCAGUUUUCCAAAUACAAGCUUAAGGAUACAGUGUCGGCAGCUUAAAGAAGAGGAGACCUCCGUGCCAGGGUGUGAAACUCUAUCCUCCCCUGGGAGCCUGACUCAGCUAGUGGCCCUCUUGGACAUGAGACCUUCUAGGUGGAUUUUUAUGACACAGUAUCUUUAUGAUUUACAAAUAAAGGAAAAAACCCAGAGAAGGUGAUGUCUGCCCUUCUUCAGGAUGUCCUGCUGAUUGCCUGGUGAUGGUGUCAGGGAAGCCAAGGAUGGGCUAGAGGCCUGGCAAGUGGCACUUGUGCCCGUAUGUUAUCAGCAUUAUUGCUCGUAGGUUUCAUGAGAAGAUUUUGGGACCGAUAAAGGAGUUGAACCUGAUACUUGAUGCAUAGGUGUCCUACAACAGAAAGGAACGUACCAGGCCUAUGUUGAAGCUAUGCCAGAUUUAGAGUAAUGUUUGAUUCUCAGAAAUCGGGAGCAUUUGAUAUCUACCCAUAAGUACUACCUGAGGUCCAUCAGUAUAGCUUCUGUAACGUAACAUGUCAGCUGUGGGAUUUGGUCUUCUCAAAGAACAUAGCGUGGAGAGCAGGGAGGCAGGGUGUAACUUUGGCAUUGUGAAAUGUGGAGCCGAUCCCUCUCUGUGUUUCACUGGCAAGUGGGGAGAACUGGGCACAGAUGUCUCUGUCUAGUGAUGAUUAAACACAGAAGGGCGGGUGGGGGGAGUUUAUUGCGAAAAGCACAGGUGUGGGAAUUUGACAGACCUGUGUUUGAGUGCAGGUGUUGCCACCCACUGCUCAGUGAUGCAUCAUUUACAUAAUCUUCAAUCUUUCUGAAGCUCCUUCGUUUUAAUUGUACAACGGGGUUAUAGGAUUAACUUCGUGAGGUUGUUGGACUGAUUUGAGAUCACGUCUACCAAGUGCAGUAUGCUACUACCUCUUGCAGAGUAGAAGUCUCGUAAACAGAAGUCAUUAUUAUGUGAAACCAUUUUGAAAAUGUACUUUUCAGAUGUAUUGUAAGGUAGUAUUACCGUUUGAAAAUUAGGUGACAGUAGUUUGCAUUUCUCGUGAUUGGAAGCCAAAAUAUAAAUGCAUACUACCUAACAGCUUGAAGAGAGGCAGUAAUUUGGAAUUUUAUCUGCUUAAGAUAAAAAUUGGGCCAUUACUGGAAAGACUGGGGGAAAUCGUUUUUUUUUUUUUUAAUAUUUGAAAAUUUUUCCACUUAGUGCAAGUGAUGAAUUUCAAAGCAAUUUCAUUUUUACAUACAAGCCUGCCAGCGUAAGCUGCUUCUUACUGUAUUUGAGCUGUUUGUGCUGCUUGAGUUUUGUCCCUUAGGAUAAUUCUCAUUUUUUUCAUUCUUCAGGUGUGUUGGAGGGAAAAAGAGUGGUAGAAACCAGAACAUACUUUGACUUCCUUUUCCAGGUUGUAAAUGUCAUUUGGUAGGCUUUUGGGAUAAUAGCCCAUUUCAGAAAAUAAAAGGUGAUGUCAAUUAUCCCAAAGGUGAGAGGUUAGAAAUCCGUAUUUGGAGGUUGACAUUGGGAUGAACUUAAUGCUUCAUACUCAGCAACAUGCCUCCUCUGACGGCAGUUCUCAGCCUUGGGUGUUCAUUAGAACCGCCCGGGGAGCUCUAGGUGCCACCACCUGCUGCCCGGAUUACAGCCAGAGCAAUAUAGCAGAAUCUCCGGGGGUGGAACCUGGCGUCCGUAUUUUUUAAAGCUCCCUGGGUGGUUCCAGUAGGCAGCUAGGGAUGAGAACGCUGUAGUGAAUUCUAAGUGAUUUUCAGAUGUUACCUGAUUUCUUUCUCAACACUUCUAAAGUAGGAAAGGAUCUUUGUAGCAAGAAUUUUUGUUAGAACUAGAAAGAGUGAAGCACAGAGAACCGGAAUUUUUGCUCUAAUUGCCUGGAGCUGGGGUGGCCAGUGCAAAUGGCUUUGGGCACCUGGCAGGUGAUCUCAUGAGUCACUUGGGCAGGUGGCCACUGGGACACCAUGGGGACACACACCUGUGUAAAGGUGGGCAGCUGCUGCCUGGCUCCCCCACACUGUAGCCGUGUAGCUGGCUUUUCGAGUGAUUCCAAUUUCCAGUUUGGUAGGAAAAGACAGAUUAUUUGAAAGGGAAGAAUUCUCCCAGUUUUUACAGGUUGGCGAUAAUUCACAGUUGUUUAAAACAUUGUACCGGCCAUACAAAACGUGUUUGCCAGUAGUUUUCAGCCUCUGCCUCAAGAGUGUUAAGACCUAGCUUAAACACCCCAGCCAAUUUUUAAUAGAUUUGCAUUUUCCCAUUCUGGAUGUCAGCUGCAUUCUGCCUCUUCUGCAGGACAGCUUUGAGAUGUAUUUUCUUUCUAUUCCCAGGAAAACUUCUGGUCACUCAGUAUUUCUUUUUUAACGCUCUUCAGGCAUCCAUUGCUUUGAGCUUCACAUAUAUGGCUUAGAAAUCUUAUGCUCUUUUUAAAAUUAAUUAGAGCUUGUUAGAGUUUAUUUUUAUUUUAUGUCAGAAAUCCUUUUCCUGUGAGAAAUGUCAAAACCUGGAGUUCCGCCCUACUGGGCAUAUUAGAAAUAAGUGUGGGAAGGGGUUAAUUCACAGACCCGGCCAGUUGCCUCCUGACUGGGUGGCCUAGCCUACACUUCAUUUAGAAAAAAAAAAAGAAAGAAAGCCCAGCCUGGAGCCCAACGAGGGGGUUGAACUCACAACCCUGGGAUCAGGACCUGAGCUGAGAUCAAGAGUCAGACCCUUAACCGACUGAGCUACCCCAGUGCCCUUGAGCCUGCACUUCAAGAUGGUGAUUUUGUAGAGUGAUGGCCACACUUCUACUUGUCCCAGAAAUCCUCGGGGAAGAGUGCUAAACUGUAGGCUCCCAGACCCUCCCUCAGAGAUUAGGAUUCAUGAAACUGCAUUUGGGACCGGGGGAUCUACAUUUUAAAGCGAAUUCACCAGGAGAUUCAGUCGUGCUGUUCCACAGACCAUAUUUUGAGAAACGCUGAUUUCGGGGCCAUGUUCUUGCCCUUGUAGCAUGUAAAAAGGUUUUGUGGUCAUUUGGGCCCACUGAUCAAUAGACUUGACCGCUCAGGACGCAGUAUAAAGUUCUUAAUGCAGAGGUAAGCUGACUGAGGCUAUCCCUUCAUGAUUGAGGCGCUUUUACCAUGAAGGGGCUUUUAUGGUUUCAAUCAUAUGUGGAUAAAAAAGGUGCUGUAUUCUUUUUAUAGAAUUGCUUUGUGUAUUUUAUAAGCAGUAUAUAUGUGGUAAUAAUAUCCCAUUUGUCAGACAUUGUAGGGUACAUGGUGUAGACAAGUCAAGGUGGUUCUUUUAAGUCACACAUCUUUUUUCCUUUAUUUGAACCAUUUACAUUGUAACUCUUAGUAUACAUUUCCCUGCUUUUGUGUACAAUCUCGUAGAAAUAAUGAAAAAAUGUUAAGGUCAUCCUUUAUGUUUUUCAUUGUUGCAGGCCCUAUUUGGGUUUGUUAAAGCCCCUCCACCAAAUGGCUCUGCUCCUUGAGCUCUGCAGUGGUUGCCUGCCCCUGGGAAGCUUCCUCUCGUUCUGUCUGGGGUUGGGAACUCAUGUCACUGCAUGCUGUACGUCUCAAGUAACAGUAAACAGGAUUGGAGGGGCUUUUCUGAGAACAGUAAAACGAACGAGCAUUGCUGCAUUGACCUGGUGACGAUAUUUUACUCUUUUCCUGUACCUUCCUGAUUUCUCAGCUACACUUGUCAAAUCUUUGACCUCAAGGUAAGUGAGAUGUUGCUGAAAGUGAUGUCUUUUGACCUAGAAGCCAUUGUCUCCCCCAGCCGUGUUUGUGUUUUUAUAUAUGCAGUUGUAGAAUGUGAAACGUUAAGUACAUUAAAUUCAAACGAACAUCUCUCAGGCCACAUUUUUGUGUAGGAUCAUAGUAUUUUUGAUUCGGUAUUAUUGUGAUUUGGAGCUAUAAAUUAGUUGUAUGGCUAUGAAAUUCAGUCCUGUAGACAUUCUGAAAUAAAGGUGUUAUGACUAAUUU